AAUCAAAUUAUCUAACAUUUUUUACAUAAAUUAAUUUAAAAAAACCAGUGUUGUUAAGUACGAUACUUCAUUACAGAUCGCCGCAAAAAUGAUAUUAAAAUAUAAAAAUAUUGAAGAGUUGGAAAAAUCUAUACAGAUUGAAGAUUUGAGUAAAUACAAGGCGAAAAUGAUUGUAAAAGCUAUGCAAAGUUUAUCACAAAUUGGAAAGAAACACUUGUUAAGUGAUUCAAAAGAGGAUGCGUAUUCACAUUUUUAUCGGUAUAUGUCAUUAAUGAAUAUAGUGUUAAAAACUCCAGAAUAUCAAAGAAAUAAAAACGCUUUUAAGAAUGAUUUAAGCGAAGCGAAUUAUGUUUUGGAAAAAUGGGAAAUUUUGAGAGAUGAGUUAAUUAAAAUUUAUAAAGCCCAUGGUAAAGCUACAGAGGUUUUAACGGUACCAACAGACGAAGAUAUGGGUUGUGAGAAAGAUUUAUCGUCGGGCGAUACUAAUGAUUUCUUAAAUACACCAGCAAUCUGUUUAAAUAAUAUAUACUGGAUUGGAAUCGAUCGAUUAAUAGAAUGUAUAAAAUUGACAAAGAAUAAAUUCAAUUAUAUUGUUUUUGACACAAGAUCAGCCGAAGAAUAUGCGGCAAGUCAUUUAUAUGAUAACAGUAUUAAAAAUGUGAAUAUACCGAUGAACGAAGUUCCAAAAGGAAUAUCCCCAGCAAGGUUAGAAUCAAUUUUGACUGAAGAUAGUAAAGAAAAAUGGAUAAAUCGGGCAACAUAUAAUUUCAUUAUCUUGAUGGGAACUUCAGAUACACCAGAAGCUUUAACACCAGCCGUUACCACUCUUCAUGAUAGUAUUACCAAGUGGGAUCCAAAUACGACUUAUUAUCAUAAACCAAUUAUCCUUGAAGGUGGCUACAUGAAUUUUGGUUUCAAAUAUCCAACAUAUUGUACAGCGGCAAUAACUAGUUCAUUUAAACAAGUGGAAAAUAGUACUGCACUUUUGGAUGCUAUUGAAUAUCCCAAUUUGGAUAUGGAUACGUUGCCACCUCCACCAGUAAAUAAUGUAAAUAUAGCACCACCAGUUACUAUGGACAGUUCACCAAUUAAACAAAUUCCAGAUUUUGAUCGUAGCAAAAAACCAACAUUCCUUUCGAACGAACCAAAUAAUGAGCCAAGAAUAUAUCAAAAUAUGGUUAUUGGAGACAGCGACGCUGAGGAUAAUGCGGUUGUACCGAAGCCUCCUAUGAAUGUACCUGCAAACAACAUCAAGAAACCGAAGGAUAUUCCAAUAGAACCUCCUGAACCUCCAGCUGCUGUAAUUACAAAAGAAAGUCGUAAGAAGAAUGUGAACACAUUUUUAUCAGAUAAUCGAUCAUCGAAUGAUAACAAUAUUAAUACACGAUCAAAUACAACCCCACAAUUACCAUCAUAUGAUCGAUCAAAGAAGCCGAAAUUUUCCGAAAGACCAGUAUCAGUUGAUUUGGAUGUUAGCCGAUUUGAACCUACAAAACGUACUCGUGAUAUGAUGCCUGGUUGUACCGGUUUGCAAAAUAACAGCAAUUAUUGCUAUAUCAACUCAAUUUUACAAAUAUUGUUUCAUUUGCAUGAGUUUAGAGAUUAUUUGAUCAAUGGCGGAUAUUUAGUGCAUGUGAAUAGAUCCAGUAAAACACAGGGAAAAAUUGUUGAAGAAUUGGCUGCAAUGUGUAAAUUAUAUUGGUCGGGCGAGUGUUCAACACUUAGUUCUAAGAGUUUAAAGGCUGUUGUAGGAAAAAUAAAUCCACGUUUUGCAAAUAAUACUCAAGAAGAUUGUCAUGAAUUCUUCAUGUUCUUACUACAUUAUUUACAUGAAGAACUCUCAUAUCGCAUUAGCAUACCUCCAGAAGCUAGUGAACCAGAAAUAAAAUUUAUCGAAUACAUGAAUCACUUGCAAAGUUUCAUCAACAAAUAUUUCUUUGGACAAUCUCAAACUCGAGUACGUUGUCAUGCAUGCCAUCAUGUCAGUUCGACAUACACACCAUUCGGUUGUCUAACAUUGGAGAUUGUUGGGAAUACGCUAGAAGAAUGCAUCAACGAACAUUAUCGGGAAGAGGAAGUUGAUGACUUCCGUUGUGAGAAUUGUAACGUUAAAGGAACCGUUACAAAACAAACGAAUAUUUAUCGAACACCGAAUUACUUGACAAUACAUUUGAAACGAUUUAAAGGAGCUGGAUUACGAUGUUAUCAUAAAAAGUUGGAUCGUUUAGGGUUCCCAAUGCGGCUAGUAUUACCAACGGUUGUCAAUAAUGUAUCAUCCGUCGCAAAUUACGACUUAUUGGGUAUUUGUAUACACAGCGGUAGUCUGGAUAGUGGCCAUUAUAAGUCGUAUAUUGAUGUAGAAUCGAAUAAUAACUGGAUCGUGUUUGAUGAUUCACGGAUUACUACUUUAGGAUCUUUGUUGAAUCAUAUUCGAAGUAUUACACGAGAUGUUUAUAUGCUGUUUUACAAAAUAUCACCGGUUCCGGUAUAAACUUUUUUUUUGUUGAUAUUUAUCAAUUUUUUCUAUAUUU